CCCAACAACAUGCAUCUCGCCAAUGUGCUCAGUUCCUGCUGCCUCUUAGUGCUCCUGGGCGCUCUGGCGACCCGGGCAGCCCGUGAAGACCCCGUUGAGAAGGUCAUAGAAGGGUUCAGCCGAGGGCUGAGCAAUGCAGAGAGAGAGGUAGGCAAGGCCCUCGAAGGCAUCAACAAUGGAAUCACUCAAGCCGGAAGAGAAGUGGAAAAAAUUUUUAAUGAACUUAGCAACAUGGGCGGCCAUGCCGGCAAGAACGUGGAACAUGGCUUGGACAAAGUAGCCCACGGUGUCAACAGUGGAAUCGAAAACGCAGAAAAGGAAGCAACGAAGUUUACCCAUGGGGUCAACCACGCCGCUGGACAGGUCGGGAAGGAGACAAACAAAAUCAUCCACCAUGGGGUGAACCAGGGGGCCAGCGAGGCAGAGAAGUUAGGUCAGGGGGCCCACCAUGCUUUUGGUCAGGCUGGGAAAGAGGCAGAGAAGUUUGGUCAGGGGGCCCACCAUGCUUUUGGUCAGGGGAGUAGUGAGGCAGAGAAGUUUGGUCAGGGGGCCCACCAUGCUUUUGGUCAGGCUGGGAAAGAGGCAGAGAAGUUUGGUCAGGGGGCCCACCAUGCUUUUGGUCAGGCUGGGAGAGAGGCAGAGAAGUUUGGUCAGGGGGCCCACCAUGCUUUUGGUCAGGGGAGUAGUGAGGCAGAGAAGUUAGGUCAGGGGGCCCACCAUGCUUUUGGUCAGGCUGGGAAAGAGGCAGAGAAGUUUGGUCAGGGGGCCCACCAUGCUUUUGGUCAGGCUGGGAGAGAGGCAGAGAAGUUUGGUCAGGGGGCCCACCAUGCUUUUGGUCAGGGGAGUAGUGAGGCAGAGAAGUUUGGUCAGGGGGCCCACCAUGCUUUUGGUCAGGCUGGGAGAGAGGCAGAGAAGUUUGGUCAGGGGGCCCACCAUGCUUUUGGUCAGGCUGGGAAAGAGGCAGAGAAGUUUGGUCAGGGAGUCCACCAUGCUUUUGGUCAGGGGAGUAGUGAAGCAGAGAAGUUUGGUCAGGGGGCCCACCAUGCUUUCAGUCAGGCUGGGAGAGAGGCAGAGAAGUUUGGUCAGGGGGCCCACCAUGCUUUUGGUCAGGCUGGGAGAGAGGCAGAGAAGUUUGGUCAGGGGGCCCACCAUGCUUUUGGUCAGGGGAGUAGUGAGGCAGAGAAGUUUGGUCAGGGGGCCCACCAUGCUUUCGGUCAGGCUGGGAAAGAGGCAGAGAAGUUUGGUCAGGGGGCCCACCAUGCUUUCGGUCAGGCUGGGAAAGAGGCAGAGAAGUUUGGUCAGGGAGUCCACCAUGCUUUUGGUCAGGGGAGUAGUGAAGCAGAGAAGUUAGGUCAGGGGGCCCACCAUGCUUUUGGUCAGGCUGGGAGAGAGGGAGGCAAACUGGUACAAGGGGCUAAUCAGGGACUUAGCCAUUCUGCAAUGGAGGCACAGCAGUUUGGUCACGCCCAUGGGCAUGGCUACUAUGCUGCAGGACAGACUUGGCAAGAAGGGGACAGAGUGAUGUAUCCUGGGGUCAACCAGGCUGGGGAGGAGAUGGAACCGUCUGGCCAGGGUGUCCUCCAUACCGUUGAACAGGCUGAGAAGCAAACAGAGAAAGUGGCUCAUGGGGUCCAAACUGGGGUCAACCAGGCCGGGAAGGAGGCGCAGAAAGUUGGCCAAGGGGUCAACUAUACCGCUGGUCAGGCCGGAAAGGAAACGGAGAAGCUGGGCCAAGGUGUCCACCAUGCUGCUGGCCAGGCCGGGAAGGAAAUGAACAGGUUGCAGCAAGAUGUUCAUAAUGGGGUCAACCAAACCAGCAAGGAGGCCAACCAGCUGCUGAAUGGGUCUCACCAAGGUCAAGGAGGGUACGGAGGCCAUCACGGAGGGGCCGCAACCACUACAGUAGUAUCUGGGGCCUCGGUCAACAAGCCAUUUAUCAGCUUCCCAGCUCUGUGGAGGAGUAUCGCCGCCAUCAUGCCCUAAACUGAUGCCCAGGCAACAGAACAUCCCUGUUGUCACACCAGCUGAAACAACCCAGAGGAGCGGGGGCUUGGGGAGAGCUUCCUGGGUGCCCUGGACGGCUGUUUUGAGCUUUGUGAAUAAAC